AUCCGUACAGCUGCGUAAUUUUGAUAUUUUUUUUGGCUUCCCUCAGUCUUCGUCUUUGAAACAACCGGAUCUCAUCUCUCUACGACCUUUCUGUGUGUUCGCAGUCGGAUCAAUCUUAGAAAUCUCAUCACUCCUCCGAUCUCACAAUGUCCACGGCGCCGGAAGAACCCCAGUCCCAGAACGGACUCGAACCGGACCCGACGACAAAUCCGAAACCCGAAUCCGAAUCAGAACCAGUGGCACAGCCUGAAGCUAUACCAGAACCGGUGCCAGAGCCCGAAGCUAAACUCGAGCCAGUGCCAGAGCCCAAAGCUAAACCCGAGCCAGUUCCAGAGCCCGAAGCUAAACCGGAACUCCAACCUGAACCAGAAGCAGUGGUAACCGAUGGUGCGGAUCCGAAGGUGGAGGAAGUCGUAGAAGCCGCGAUCCAAUCGAAUAACCAAGCAAGUGCGCAUCCAGAGCUGAAAAAGGACGAAGGAAGCCGUACAUUCACAAUGAGAGAGUUGCUCGGUGGCUUGAAAAAUGACCAAUCGAACGACGUCGCUAAUGAUUCUAGCUCCCCAUACAGUUACAGUGAAGAAAGCCCACAGGAACAGCACUCAGAGCAGAACAAUGCUGCAAUGGAGUUGAUCAAUAGCGUCACAGGUGCCGAUGAUGAUGGUCGGUCUCGCCAACGGGUUCUUACUUUUGCUGCCAAGAGGUAUGCUAGUGCAAUAGAGAGAAAUCCAGAUGAUUAUGAUGCGCUAUACAAUUGGGCACUGGUUCUUCAGGAAAGUGCAGAUAAUGUUAGUCCAGAUUCUACUUCUCCUUCUAAAGAUGCUUUGCUUGAGGAGGCUUGCAAAAAAUAUGAUGAGGCUACUCAUCUAUGCCCAACACUUCAUGAUGCUUUCUAUAAUUGGGCUAUUGCUAUCUCUGAUCGGGCAAAAAUGCGUGGUCGUACAAAGGAAGCUGAAGAACUAUGGAAGCAGGCUACAAAAAAUUAUGAAAAAGCUGUCUUGCUCAACUGGAACAGUCCCCAGGCACUUAACAACUGGGGACUUGCUCUGCAGGAACUCAGCGCGAUUGUUCCUGCACGAGAAAAGCAAACAAUUGUGAGAACUGCAAUUAGUAAGUUCCGCGCAGCUAUUCAGUUGCAGUUUGAUUUUCAUCGAGCAAUUUACAACCUUGGAACUGUAUUGUAUGGAUUAGCAGAGGACACACUAAGAACUGGGGGAUCUGGCAAUCCCAAAGAAGUUUCACCUAAUGAGUUGUACAGUCAAUCUGCCAUCUACAUUGCAGCUGCACAUGCUUUGAAACCAAAUUACAAUGUUUACAGUAGUGCCUUGCGGCUGGUGCGAUCCAUGCUUCCUUUACCUUAUCUCAAAGUUGGAUAUCUUACUGCACCACCAGUGGGGAAAUCAAUUGCACCUCAUAGCGACUGGAAACGAUCACAAUUUGUUUUGAAUAAUGAAGGGCUUCAACAGCAGGUUAACAAAGGUGAGCAAAAACAAAGCAUCUCUGGCAGAUCAGGAGAAGCAGCUAUAAAAGUUGAUGUUCCAGAUAUCGUUUCUGUUUCAUCAUGUGGUGAUCUGACUUUACCACCUGGUGCAGGCCUCUGCAUUGAUACAAUUCAUGGACCUGUCUAUCUGGUUGCUGAUUCAUGGGAGUUCCUUGACGGAUGGCUUGAUGCAAUCCGUUUAGUUUACACAAUCUAUGCGCGGGGUAAGAGUGAGGUUCUGGCAGGUAUUACAACAGGCUGAUUUUUUAUUUAAUUUUUUAAAAAUGUAUCACCAGUUCCAUGAUUUUGUUUUGAGUGACGUAUAAUUUUUGUAUCGAGGAUGACUUGUUCAAAUAAAAUCUGUAUAUUAUAAAAUUUGGAUACGUUCAAUACAUUUUUUUCUCUGAA